AUGGGUGACCCGCAGUACAUGAAGUUCCCCGACCUCAGGCUGGCCCAGUCUGUCUUCACCCUCGCCUCGCCCUCCGCCUCGUCGUCAGCGAAACAAACAUCCCUCACAGCUCUCCAAGAUGCCAUCCGAGAGUACAAGAUGGCUCCCUUGUACCACUACCUCGCACAUCCUCAGACUGGCAAGUUGAAUGGCUCCGGAGAGUCUGGUUCGAGCCAGAAGACCUCAUCAUCCUCACCCAUGCCAUCGCUACGAAGAACAUCCAGCAUCAACACAACAAGCAUCAUCGGCGUUCUUGGAGGUGUCAAGCAGACCGGCGGAGCUGAUCUACCAUGGGAUGAGAAGUUGUACGAGUCGAUGAAGCGCGAGAACGAGGAAGAGCUGGCCGCUAUCCAGAAGGAGGAGGACGAAGCUGCUGAGCGUGAAGGCGACACCGAGGUCAAUACUGCCCGUGGCAAGCGCGCAGAACUCUAUGCACGUAUUGGCGACAAGGACAAGGCCCUCGAAGCUUUCGAGAAGCUCUUGGAAAAGACUGGUAUCCUGGCAUCCAAGAUCGACAUUGUUCUGGCCAUCAUCCGCAUCGCCAUGUUCUUCGACGACAAAACCCUGGUCAAGAAGAGUGUUGAGCGCUGUUCAGCCUUGGUCGAAUCUGGUGGUGACUGGGUAUGUUGCAGCUCCUGCGUCGAACGAGCCAUAUCUAACAUACAUCACAGNGACCGUCGCAACCGCCUAAAAGCUUACCAAGGUCUCCACCUCAUCACCAUCCGCUCCCAUGCUGCUGCCGCUCCCCUCCUUCUCGACUCUCUCAGCACCUUCACUGCCACCGAGCUUUGCUCAUACAGUAACCUGGUCGUCUACGCUGUCCUCGCUGGUAGCGUGGCUCUUNNCCCUCGCCGCGACUUCAAGUCGCGUGUCGUUGACGCUCCUGAGAUUCGCGCCAUUGUCGGUUCCGAAGACGCCAACGAGAGACUCGCCGGUCUUUCAGGUGCUGUUUCCUCGCAACCAUCAGCCGGCACUGACACAAACGCCAUGGACGUUGACACCACCUCUUCAGCCACCCCCAGACCCGCCGUCGUAAACCUCACCACUUUGAGUUCAGGUUCCGCCGAGCAAGAAAAGGCCGAACCCGAGAUCGACUUCUCUCCUCUUGCUCAGAUGAUCCGCUCUCUCUACUCAGGUCACUACCAAAACUUCUUCCGCGCCCUUAGCACAGUCGAGACCCAGUUCCUCGCCCAGGAUCGCUACCUCUAUGAGCAUCGCCGCUGGUACGUCAAGGAGAUGCGCCUGCGCGCAUAUGCACAGUUGCUGCAAAGUUACAAGGUUGUUGGCCUGGAGAGCAUGGCUCAGAGUUUCGGAGUCAGUGUUGAUUGGUUGGACCGUGAUUUGGCUCCGUUCAUUGCUAGCCAGCGCCUCCCUUGCACUAUCGAUCGUGUCAAGGGUGUCAUUGAGACACAACGUGCUGGUGACAAGAACAAGCAGUAA